AUGGCUUCAGUACAACGCAGAAAAUGGUAUCAGAUCAAGUGGUUUGCGGACGAUGACACGAAAGAGGAACGGCAGCUCAUCAUGAAGCUGGAUCUUCUGAUUGUUCCAUAUGCCUUUCUUGCGUACUGGACCAAAUAUAUAGACCAAUCCAACAUAAACAACGCAUAUGUUUCGGGUCUUUCAGAUGAUUUGAACCUGCGCGGUAAUGCGCUCGUCCAUCUGCAGACAAUGUACACCGUCGGCGCGGUUCUAGGACAAAUCCCUUUCGCGUAUCUCUUCACCAAAUUUCCAAUGUCCUGGGUCAUUCCAGCUCUGGAUAUUUCAUGGGGUGUGUUUACAUUACUGCAGUAUCGAGUGACCUCGUACGGGGAGUUGAUGGCUUACCGAUUUCUCGUUGGGUGGUUUGAGGCUGCAUUCUUCCCGGGCAUGCAUUACAUUUUCGGAUCUUGGUAUCGCGGUGAUGAAAUCGGCCGGAGAGGCGGCUGCUUUUACGUUGGUCUCACUCUGGGAACGUUGACAUCGAGCUUAAUCCAAGCUGGCACAUCGGCAAGGCUUGACGGCGUCCAUGGCUUGGCAGGGUGGCGAUGGAUGUACAUUAUCUGCGCCAUCAUCACCAUUCCCAUUGGCUUGCUGGGAUAUUUGAUCUUACCCGGGACUCCUGACAAGCCGAAUAGAUUAGUCCUCAAACAGGCAGACAUCGAGCUGGCCAAAAGGCGGCUUCAACGAGCAGGACACGGUGUACAGGAACAUUUCCGAUGGAAGGUGGUCGUGAGCAUUGCUGGCAAUUGGAGAUUUUGGGCUUUACUCCUGCUGGAUAUUUUCUUCUGGAACGGAAGCGUCAACACCACUACCGGAGGUUAUCUGCUCUGGCUGAAAAGCCUCAAGAAAUUCUCAACCAGUCGCAUCAACGAGCUCAACGCGAUAUCUCCAGCAUUGGGGAUCUUCUACACACUCUUCAUCUGUUUUUCAUCGGAUCUUUUGUUCGGUCCUGCCUGGGCUAUUACCAUUGCACACACUUGGAACAUUAUUGGGCUGGUGAUACUCGUCGUGUGGGAUGUUCCCCAGUCGGCGCUCUGGUUUGCAUUUGCCACAACCUAUUCUGCAGUCGCUAUGUCCAGUGUGCUCUACGGCUGGGUUAACAGUCAACUGCGAUACUCCCCUGUUGAACGAGCGGUGGCACUGAUCAUUUUGAAUGCCGUCUCUCAAUCAACGACCGCGUGGACGCCUUUGCUAGUCUUCAAGACCGUUGAGGCUCCUCGAUUCACUAAAGGGUACUCGUUCGUACUCGGCAACGCCAUAUGCUUGAUUAUACUGGCGCAUGUCAUUCAGUUCUUCGCGAAACGAGAGGAGUAUGCACUCUGUCACAUUUUCCUUGAUACGUCUAACAGCCUACAGGAGAAUCUCGAAAAGAGCAGAAGGCAACUCCGACAUCAGCGACUCAGAUGA